CUGCGGCAAAGAGAAAAAAAUGCACGCUGCCCGAGCGCACUUUAAGGCAUUUUGCAUACAAACAAUAGAAGUAUAUAUCGACAACAAUGAGUAACACUCAAGCGAACACUGCAGCAUAAGCCGCGGUCAACAUGCAGACUGAUUCAACAGAGCUAGACGAGUUAGCGGGAGCGGAACUCGUGUAUGGCCUGUUCUACAAGUAUGCAGAGGUCCUCUCCAAGGCGUAUGGCGUUAUCGGCCUGACGUAUCCGCGCCUCAAGCAGCUGAUGGCUGACAUGGACCUGAUGGAGGGCGUGCCUGCUGGUCAUGUGGAUGCGUAUGUGAGGGAGCACGUGCAGCGGGCGGACCUGGAUGGCAACGGCAUCAUCUCCGCACCGGACUUUGUCAUCUGGCUGCUGACGGAGGUGGCGGCGCUGGUGCCCAUACGCGACGCCUUCUGCGCCGUCACAGGCCUGCGGCCGUUGUACAACCAGUACCACGCGGUGCUGCUGGGCGAUGUGGGCUUCACGGACGGCGCGCGCAAGCCCGCUGCUGGCGUUCUCAGCUGGGCGUUCCUUAAAAUGGCGGAGCAGUUCGGCGUCAGCAGCUCGUCGGAGGCGGCGCGGCAGGCUUUCAAGGCGGCGCGAGCAAGCUUUGGUGCUGGCCGCGGUGCCAGCGGCGGCAAUACCGGCGCUGGCAGUGCCGACGGCGGCGCGGGCGGCGGGCGGCUACAGUUCGCGGCAUUCGUGCGCGCCCUGGGGCUGCUGGCCACGCGCAAGAUGAGUAGUCUGGAUCUGGCGUUGUACAGCGUGGUUGCAUGUGGGGAGCCGCCGCCGCCCGCCGGCCCGGACUCACGCCUGCGCCGCGCUCCGCUGCCACUGGGUGUGUCGGAUCUGGGUCUGGGCAGUCUGCUGGAGGGGCCGGCGGUCAAGGAGCGGUACCGCUGCACCAACUGCGGCAAGACACACGCGAGGUACCGCCUGGAGGACUGGCUGAAGCUGGAGGAGCACCUGCGCUCCGUGGGCGUGCCGCACCCCGUACGCAGGUACAUGCCAGCGCUGCCGCUGCUCAACGCGCGCAACCUGCGGGCCACCUUCCACAGGUACUGUGCAGCCUUCAACCGCGGCCGCAUGCCGCCCGCCUCCUACCGCCUGUCGGGAGCAACAGUGCCCGCAGCAGCGAACUCGGCGUCGCGGGGCGGUGGCGGUGGGGGCGGCAGCAAUGACUGGGACAGCAGCGACGACUGGCGGCGAGGCGGCGGCGACGGCGACGGCGGCGGGGCAGGCGCGCACCAGCCGGGGGCGUACGGCGCCUGCUGCUGCCUGUUCCGCAGCCUCAGUGUAAUGGAGCUCCCGGCCUGGCUGCGCCUGUGCGGCGACUGCGACACCAUCCGCGCGUCCAUCUCCCACCCCGGCUCCGGUCUCACGCCCGCCAAGCUGGAGGCCGCCUUCGCCGCCGCCGCGUCCAUCGGCGGCGCCUACCUGCCAGACGACAGCGCGGGCAUCCACGACAUCCCCAUCACCGGCGCCGCGGCUGGCGGCGGUGGCGGCGGCGGCGACAGCCUGUCGCUGCAGCGGAACCGGCUGGGCGCCGUGGCGGCGGGCGGCGAGGGCGGGGAGCGAGCGCCCAAACGCAGCAGCGCAGCCUACCAACAGGCCAACUCGGAGCCGCCGCGGCUCCACGAGGUCCGCGGCCCCGCCUCAGCCGCCGCCUGGCUCGCCAACGCCCGCUCACUGCCCUCCUCGACAUCAGCGGCCUCCGGCAGCGCCGCCGCCAACACCAACCCCUACCUAAGCGGCGCGGCGGGCGCCGCCGCCGCCGCCGCGGCGCGGCCGGGCGCGCAGCAGCACCGGUCGGCACGUCUGGUGCUCACCUUCCCUCAGUUCCUGGAGGCGCUGCGACUGGUGGCAGAGGAGGCGGGCGGGCACCCCACGACCACACCACUCGUGGAGCAGUACCUACUCCGCAUCUGCUGCGACGUGGCGGCGGAGGGCUGCCCGCGCCCCGACCCCACCACACAAGCCGGCACCGCCACCCUGCGCCGGAUGAUGGCGGCGGGCGGCGGCGCCGGCCCCAGCUCCACUGACGAUGGUAUCAGCAGUGUCGGCGGCGGCCACGAGGACGAGGACGAGGCCAGCCACUACAGCAGCCUGCCCCUGUCACGUCACCGGCAGGAUGCAGAGGAGAUGAGCUCCAUCACCUCCGCCAGCACCUCAACCAAGUACACGUACGACGACUUCACGCCGCCAGACAGCGACCUGUACACAAGCGCCAGCAGCAGCCGUGCAUCGGCCGUGCGGCGCCAACAGCACCAGCAGCAAUCGCAACAGCAGCAGCAGCGUCGUGCGGCGGCUGGCAGCUCUGUCGCAUCGGCAUCAACCGCGGCAGCAGCAGCCGCAGGCGAGGCGCAAAAGCCGCGGGCGCCCGUCAACCGCACAGCCAGUACCAGCAGCGCUGCCACCUCUUCCACCAAGUACACGUAUGACGACUUUACACCGCCCGACAGUGACCUCUACACGAGUGCCAGCAGCAGCCGAGUGCCCAGCACUGCGGGCUCCUCGCACCGGCGGGAGCCGGCGCCGGCACCCCAGGCCGCUGCAAGCUCUGCACGAGCGAGUGAGCGCGCACGCAGCAGCCGUGAGCUUCACCGGGACUCAGACGACUUCGAGGCGGACCAUUCCGUGCCUGUGGAGCCGCCGGUGAAGGCGGCGCCGCCAUCUGCGUCUCGGCGCCCGCCACCGCCACCUCAGCAGCAACAGCAGCAGCACGGGGCCGCACGCCAUCAGGCGCACGCAGCUGCGGCCCAAUCCCAUCAGGCGCUGCGGCAGGGCACCGCCCAAGCCACUGCCGCGGCGGCUGCCGCUGUGGCAGAGGAUGAAGACAUGCCGCCGCCGCCGUCGGCAUGGGCCAAGCCGCCGCCGCCCAAGCCCAGGCCCUCGGCACCUGUUCGUGAUCGCGGCUCCUCGCCAGGGCGCACGACGCAGCAGCCGGCCUCGGCGCGGCCACGGUCUGCACCGCGCACGCGCCCGCAAGCCAGCACUGGAGGCGUAUCGUCACCAGCGGCAGCGGCGGCUGCAGAGGAGGAGGCACAAUCGGAGCCACCGCUCCCGCCGCCACCAUCAGCGAAGGUGCGGGCGCCGCCGCCGCAGCCGGCGACGGUGAGGCCCCUGUCCGCGCCUCGUGUGCGGCCGCAGCACCCAGACAACGGCAGCGGCGGCGGGCCCAAGCUUGCCUUCGGCCGCGCGCUGCCCAAGCCAGAGCCGCCCCCACCGCCACCAGCACCGCCGCCCCCUCCUCCCGAUCCUGCCAAUGCUAAGGAGCCGGUGAAGCGGCCGCAGCAGCACCCUCCGCCGGCGCAGACAAAGCCGCGCCGGGAAGGUGUGGAGGCCAGGGCGAGGGAGGGGCCGCCGGCUACAACGCCGCAGCACCAGCCGCUUCCGGGGCACGGGGCACCCCAAAAGCAUGAGGCCCACAACAGCCCGGCUUCCGCAAAGUCCUCCCCGCCAGUCGUGCCCCGCCUUAACCUGGCGUCACUGUCAUCGGGCGCCAGCAGCGCCAAAGAUCUGAGCAAGCAAGCAUCGACAGCGUCGGGAGGCGGAGCCGCAUCCGCACUCAAGGACUCGGCUAGGGCACAGACGCCCACCCGAAACACCAGCAGCGGCGGCGGUGCCGGCGGCGAGUCUGGCCGCGCUGCCCCUGUCCGUGAGCUCAGCGCCGCGAGCGCGGCCAGCGCCAGCCCACGGCCGGUGGGGUUCGCCUCGCCUAUGCGCUCGCGCCGCGCCUCAAACAGCAGCGGUGGUUCAGCGCCCGCUUCAGCUGCUGCAGCUGCUGCCGCAGCGGCCGGCACCGCCGGCACUGGCCCGGGUGGCGGUGGCGGCGGCGGUAGCCGCUCCGCCACGCCCGUACAGCGGCGGCCGUCCGAGGCAUCAGGAGGCGGCGGCGUGGACACGCACGGCACGCCGUCGCGCCGCGCGAGUGAUGCCGGCGGCUCCGUUGCUGGAGCCGGCCGCCCGCCUCAGACGCCGCCGCCCGCCUCAGCUCGCUCCGUUGGCAGCGGCGGCGGCGGCCGCUCCACGCCGCCGCCGCCGCCGCCGCCCAUGCCGAGUCUGUCGCCUGGGGAGUCCCUGGCGGCGGCGCGCGCGGCAGCGGCGGCGGUGGAUCCAAAGGACGGCGACGGUGGCUCGGGUCGCAGCCUGGUGCGCUGCGGGUCGGGGCUACGUAACACCAUGCUGCUCCUUGCACGGGACCCAAGUGCUGAUGGUGGGCCGGAGCCAGGCCUCCCGGCUCCUCCUCCUCCGGUGCCGCCGCCGCCGCCACCGCCGCUUUCACGCGAGGCAAGCAGUGCCGUCAGCGAACUUAUGCAGCCCUAUGCGAAUGGUAGUGGCAGUGGCGGCGGCGGUGGCGGCGGCAGCCGUACAUCGCGGCAGUCGGGCGGUGGCGACUGGGCUCGGCCGCCGCCACCGUCGCCGCCGGACCCACGCUCUGCGAGUCCAAGCUGGGGCGGAGCCGCCGCGGUGGCGGAGGCAGCCGCGCCGUCCGCGGGCGCCACGGCGGCGGCGACGCCACGACGCCUGAGCAGCAGCGGCGCAGUCGGGAGGCCGCCUCUGCCGCCCACGGCGGUGAUCAUGACGCAAGGGCUGGGCGACCGCGGCGGUGUGUUGCAGCCGUCGGCAUCUGCCCGGUUGCGCACGCCGGAGACGCCGGAGCCGGCUGCUCUGGACCACUUGGUGCUGGGUGAGCCCACGCCGCCUGCUGCUGUCGUUGCCAGCCGCUAUGGGGGAUCCAGCAGUCGCGGUACGUCGCCAUCUCGCGUCGGCGCACCGGCCACAGGGCUGGGCGCUGGCGGAAGCGGAGGCGGCUUGGCGGGUCGGGGCUUCAUGGCGCCUGUCAGCGCAGCGGAGGAUGAGGAAGACGGCUCGCCGACGCGGGCGGUGGAGCGGGCGGAGGCAAGCGCGGCGCGGCUUGGCGCUGGGUCGCCGGUAGCGGGUGGCGCGGCGGCGCUGUCCCGUGGAAACUCCUUUGGCGGUGGCAGUAGCAGCGCACGGACAGGGACGGGGGCGGGGGCGGCGGCGCGUGAGUCAUCGCCGCGGCACCAGCGGUCCAUAGGGAGGGAGCGCCCGCCACCGGGGUCGUAUGAGGGAGCCGUGAACGGCGCCAAUCAGUACUUCUUCAACACGUAACGAUGUGUGCUUGCUUUGCACUUUGUGCUCGACAUGGCAGGUUGGUGGGAUCCCGUAGGGUUCAGCUGAAGCCCAGACCCCAGCAGAUGGCAAACAGUUUGCAACGGCAGGGCAGGAGCGCGCGGCUGGUCGAACGCCGGAGUUACUGUACCGACAAGUUGCUGGCUGGUUGGAAGUUUGCUGACGCGCAUUCCUCGCGCUCCGGGCACCCGGCCAGGCGAUAGCACCACACGGACACACCGCAACGCCACACUCGCGAUACAGAGCCUCAGGCAUGCGGCUUCCCGAAAGCAGAGCUUCAUUUGGGUGGUGUAGGGGUGAUGUGGGUUCGUGAUGGAACAUGGCAAGGGGCAGGAAAGCGUAGUCCCGAUGUGUGUGGCUCCCACCCGUGCCCACAUAAAUGCGUAGCAAGAAGGGACAAGGCAUUGGUGCGUCGUUCGCACGCUGUUACUGUACCGACGGUAGCUGGCAGGUUGUGUCGAUGUUUUGCUGACGCGCAUUCCUCACGCUCCGGGCGCCCGGCCAAGGCGAUAGCACCACACAGACUCAAUGCGACGCCACACCGCGCGGAUAGCAUAGCCGAUGCGCACCUGCAGGCAGUCGACCGGGUGAUGUGGGUUGAUUUUUAGGGCAAGUUGGAGGGGGUGGUCACCUUGGGAGGGGUCUUUGGGUUUUUGCGUGCACGCGUGCAUCACGACGUGAGGCGGUUGAAUUCCGUGUAUUGAACAUGCUCCCCGCGUGACCAGCAUCCACGGAUGAGCACCAGAGGCAACCGCAGAGAAAAUGCAAACAGAAUGCAGCAAAGCAAUGGCAAGCAGGGGCGAAAACAGGGUUGACAAGGGGUGUCAGCUUUGUACAGCUGGAAAAUGGGCUGAGCCCCCGUACGCUUGGGAGCUAAUAGGUGUGUAACGCCCCGUCAGA